UAAUACCCCUGGUUCUCUUAAAGCAAUAGAAUUUCCUUCUGGAAAUAAUAAUAAUUCUAUUGAAAAAAAUUUAUCUCGAAGAAAUUCCAGAAAGAAAUCUCGUAAAAACAGCUUAAAAGGAAAAAAGAAAUCUGCUAAAUUAGAAUCUUCGAAAAGAAAACGUGCGUCACUUUCGUCUGAUUCUGACCAAGCUAAAGAAAAUGAAGCAGAAAAUUUAGAAGAUUGGAACUUAAUUGACCAAUCGAAAGAUUUACCUAUAACCACGCAUUUAAGCAUUGAAACGAUUGAUGAAAUAUUUCCUUUUGUUUGGAUAGAAACAACUGCUACCGAUCAAGGUGAUCGUUGGGGUGAAUGGGUCUUUAUUGAACCAAGAAAAGGUUUAGUUCAUGAAUGCGAAUGGGUUAUGAUUGAAGAAAAAUCUCAAGCGUUUGCUGGAUCACAGACUGCAAAGUCAUCAACAAAUGGGAAAAGGAAGACAAACUUAAUAACAAAUACAUUAAACAUUUCAUGGACUAAAGGGAAAGGGAAAUCGAGACCUUCAAGUCAAAUUAAUGAAAUCGGAUCUCCUGUAUCACCUAGUUCAUUAUCAUCACCCAGUUCAUUCACCUCGUCAAGUUCCUUCGCAUCAUCCAGUUCAUCUAAUUCAUCCACUAUAAUACCCGUUCGACCUAAGUCAAAUGAUAACGCGGAUCUCGUGAUUUACCAAUUUGAAAAAAAUACAAUAAAAAACACGGCAAAAGGAAAACAGGUCGCUACAGAUUAUCAAGGUUAUGGAUAUGGUUAUUUUGGAAACAAAAAUGUUGAAAAUAAAGAUCAAUUGCCAAUACAACCAUUAAAAGAAAGCAAGAAAUCUGUAAAGAAAAAUUCUAAGAAUAAAAAUAAAACUGUUAAGAGACAGCGAAUUAUGCAAAUCGGUGCUUAA